AUGUCCUCCAUCACCCUCCACCACCUCAACUUGUCCCGCUACCAACAGGCUCUUCUGGGCACUCGAAGAGCUCAACCUCCCCUACGACGUCAAAGUUCACUUCCGCAUUCCUUCACUAUUGGCCCCCGACUGGUUGAAGGAGCACUUACUGAAUCGUCCUUCAUCAUCCAAAAGCUCCUCUCUCUUCCUGAAGUCCGAGAGGCAUCAAAGAAGGGAGAACUCGCUGUACAGGUGCCUCAGAGCGAUGGGGAUGUGUUUUGGAGUCACUUUACAGAGGGGAGUCAGUUGGAUAUCUUUACCGGGAUUGCGUAA